AGACUCCUCAAAACUGUGAAGGCGAAUUUUUGGGAAUAAAAUCUUACUGCUGAUCAGUAGGGGUAAUUUUUGUGAUUAUUUUUGUCGAAGUUAGUUAUUUUCAUUUUUCAAUUGGGAUAUCUAGCAGCAAUUGGUUUCUUAGUGUUCCUUAUAAGAUUUGGUUUCCUGGGGACUGUUUAUUUGAAUUUCAGUGCUGGAGAACCAUGGCAGCCACACGACGCCUCACUAAAGAACUUCAGGACCUUCAGAGCUCUAAUUCCAAGUACUUCAGAGACAUUAAAGUGGAUGAAUCGAAUAUCCUUCAAUGGCAGGGCCUUCUGGUUCCUGAGAAUCCGCCGUACAAUAAGGGGGCCUUCCGCAUUGAGAUAAAUUUCCCAGCGGAGUAUCCGUUCAAGCCUCCCAAGAUCAAUUUCCGCACGAAGAUUUAUCAUCCCAAUAUCGAUGAAAAGGGCCUCGUCUGUCUGCCCAUUAUUCAGGCUGAAAACUGGAAGCCUGCUACCAAAACUGAACAAGUCAUCCAGUCGCUUUUGGAUCUCAUUGCCGAACCGGAGCCAGAACAUCCCCUGCGUGCAGAAUUAGCUGAAGAAUACACUAAGGACCGAAAGAAGUUCAUGAAAAAUGCCGAAGAGUUCACUAAGAAGAAUGCGGAGAAGCGCCCCGAAUGAGUACAGUGCCUCCCAAGUCCCAACCAUGGUACAACUACACACGUGAUAGCUCGGUUUUUGCUGAAUAAAAUGUGGUCUCGUUCCUUUCCUGUCUUUGAGAUUAUAGGCGACCACGAACGGGUUGUAAUGGGUUAUCAGGAUUUUUUGUUCCACUUCCGCUGUAGAGUGCUUGUAUUUACGUUUGAAUUUUCGCGCGGCUAACGAAAGAUAAAGAUAGAUUCGUUUUUAGUUGUAUGCUGCGCUUUUGUCAAUAUUCUGUUUUGGUAGUUUGUCGAUCUGCUGUAUGCGUUUUAGUCAAGCUGGCUGCCUACUAUAAUUAUUAUGUUCGGGUCCAUAAAUUUCCAAGUUUG